AAUAGGAGCAGGGAGAGGAGUCCCGGCACUAGGAAGAAACGGCGGCCGGGAGGGGGCUACGGGGACCAUGGGCCUUCUGACCAUCCUGAAGAAGAUGAAGCAGAAAGAGCGGGAGCUGCGACUGCUUAUGCUCGGCCUGGACAAUGCUGGCAAAACAACUAUCCUCAAGAAGUUCAAUGGGGAAGACAUCGACACCAUCUCCCCAACACUGGGCUUCAACAUCAAGACCCUGGAGCACCGGGGAUUCAAGCUGAACAUCUGGGAUGUUGGCGGCCAGAAGUCCCUGCGGUCCUACUGGCGGAACUACUUUGAGAGCACUGACGGCCUCAUCUGGGUGGUGGACAGCGCCGACCGCCAUCGCAUGCAGGACUGCCAGCGGGAGCUCCAGAGCCUGCUGGUGGAGGAGCGCCUGGCUGGAGCCACCCUCCUCAUCUUUGCUAACAAGCAGGACCUGCCUGGAGCACUGUCCUCGAAUGCCAUUCGUGAGGCCCUAGAGCUGGACUCUAUCCGCAGCCACCACUGGUGCAUCCAGGGCUGCAGCGCUGUCACCGGGGAUAACCUGCUGCUCGGCAUCGACUGGCUCCUGGAUGACAUUUCCAGCCGCAUCUUCACAGCUGACUGAGCCGCUCCAGACCCCCACCUUGCAGUCUGGGCCCCCCUCCCGCCAGACCCUCACCAAGCACCACCCAUGGGGGGAUGGGAACCAGCCAGCCAAACUAACACUCCACGUCCCCGUCCAUAACCUGCUGCUGCUGCCCACUGCUGCUCCAUGGCCAGCCUGGCUCCCAUGGUGGGUGGGCUGCUGCCCUGGCUGUCACCUGGCUCCUGACCCAGCCCACCUGCAGCUGCCAUACCAAGAGGUGAGGGCUGGGGCUGGGAGGGGCCUGCCUCUGCUGCUAUUGAGGCUGUGGGCCUCAUCCUUUGCUCAGCUGUGAGAAUAAACCAUUCCUUGUCC